AUGAAGGUCUGGACAAGAGAGGAGAACUUUUUCUUGGUUGAAGAUUUACAGCUUGUGUCUGUGUGCAGUAUGAGAGAACUGGUGAUAUUAGCAGCUUUGGUCUCGGCUCUACACGCAGCCAGCCUCCCGACAGACAGUGAUGUGGAAUACAAGUGCCGAGAAGAUCAGGACAAAACUGCUACAUUAGCAGCCGAGCGGUUCAUUAAUGAACAUCACCACCAUGGAUACAAAUUCAAAUUUGUCUCACAAGACAGUCGCAGUGCAGAAAAGACUGAUCCUUGUGAGGUCAUCUUGGGAAUUACCUUAGAGGAAACUGAAUGCCACAUUGUCAGUCCCAAACCUUUAGAUCAGUGUGACGCUAGAAUGGAAUCUGAGACGAAAGUGACAGCAAAAUGUAAUGUGACUGUCUCCAGUGUUGAGGGAAAAGCAGCCGUAAAACGCUACAUCUGUGACACUGAACCAGCUUCACAUGAAAUACUUGUGAAAUCAUGCCCUGACUGCCCCAGUCUACUACCCUUGCAUGAGCCGAAGGGUCUGGAGAGUGUGAAAACUGCCCUGGAGAAAUUCAACAAAGAAUCCGAUCAUGCAUCUUACUUUAAACUGAUGGAAGUGGGAAGGAUCAGCACACAGUGGAUGUUUUCAGGUCAAAGCUUCUUUGCUCAAUUUGCCAUUAUGGAGACAGAGUGUCCAAAGAAGGAAGCAUCCCAGAAACAAGAAGCGUGCAAGGCUUUAUGUGGAGAUCAGGCUAAUAACCGACCUACAAGGUAAAGAAAUUAGUGAUGGAUAUACAAUACCAGCCUCAACGAACAGUUCAAGGCAUGCUUGCCAGGAGUAGGGACCCUCAAGGGACCUUUACUGAGUAUGUGGAAUGGGUGCUCCAAUGUUGCAGACCCUCUCUUCACAGUCUGUGAAUCCAAGGAGGUAGGUACCACCAGAGCCUGCCAUGGACCCUGCACUAGAGCCCAAUUCAUGCUACGGAACCAGAGCCAGCCUCACUGUCUAUCCUGGAGCCAGAGCCUUCCGCCAGGUCCUUUCCAGAGUCACUGCUGGCUGCCCAGUCCAUUCUAGAGCCAGCAGCGGAGCACCGACUCAUAUGUUUGUGGUCCGAGGAUCCAGGUCCCACCCUUGUCCCCACCCUCGAACUUUUCCCUCCUCUGCCUGUCCCGUCGGGCUGCCUAAAGGAUCCGGUCUUUCCUCCACAGAGGAUCCCACCGAGCCUCUUAGCUCCUGCAUGCUACCAGUCCCAUUCCCUCUGCUGGCUCAAUUCCCUUGGUUCGGCUGUCUCCGCUGGUUCCAUUCAGCUCUCUAGCUCCACCUCGGGCUUCCCGAUCCCCAGCACGGCUCUGUGAGGCAGAUUCCCCUGCUGCAACUCAGGCCUAAGAGCGCAUGACUCCACCGCAGUCUGUCAGCCCUUCGGCUCCGCCUUGGCAAAUAGUGAUAUCGGCUAGUUUUUUUUUUUUUUGUACCCUAUUCACCUGCAACUUCAUUAAGUCCUUCAGUUCCUUCAAGCUCUGUAGUGUUGACCACCUUCUCUUUUUCUUUCUCUAGCGGUAUGGAUUCUGUAAGUCCACUAAGGUCGGAGAUGAGGAACCAAUAGUGGAAUGUGAAAUUUACGAAGCUCAG